UGUUUCCUUAUUCAGAGGAAGAAGGUAUGUCAAAGUCCAUUGUUGCAGAAUAUCUUCAGGAGAAGAAAAAGUAUGAAGACAUGCGGAAACGGCAGCCAAAGAAAGGGGCUUCUCGUGAAGAUCAGACACUGGCAUUACUGGACCAAUUCAAAUCAAAGUUAAACCAGGCAAUAGCAGAAACUCCUGAAUGUGAGGUUUCAGAACCUGAGGUGGAGGAUGAUGAAGGAUGGAUGGCACAUGUGCUUCAGUUUGAGGACAGAAGCAGAAAAGUGAAAGACGCAAGUAUGCAGGAUGAAGACACUUUUGAAAUCUAUGAUCCUCGGAAUCCCGUAAAUAAGAGGAGAAGAGAGGAAAGCAAAAAGAUAAUGAAAGAAAAAAAGGAAAGGAGAUGAAAUGAAUGUAAAGCUGUCCAGAGCUGCCUUGGAAAGUGACUGCAGUACAGGAUUGGCCUUUUAGUAGCUGUAGUUCCUAAAAAUAUCACCCAACAAGUGUGAAAAGGAAUUUCUCAAGAACCUACUGUCUAAUUCUGAAACAGCUUUCUUAUUUGUUCUCUAAAUUGUGCAGUGAAGUAAGCAAGUGAUCUCUGUGCAUUAUGUAGGCUCUCCUUCUUUGACCAUUUUUAGAAUGAUAUGUUUAAGGUCUACAAUUUAAUUACUAUACAUUGAUAACAUGUGGAUGAUAUGUAUAUAUGUUGUAAUGAGGAGGUAUAUUUUGUUUGCUGUUUGCAACCAUAUUUACCAAAAUAAAGAAUUUUUCCCCAUUCUUCAAUUAGUCCUAUGUACAGCCUUUUAAGAUUAAAGUGAUAGAAUUUAAAUUUAAAAUGACCCAUUUUCUGAUUACGGGGUUUUUUAUAGGCAUAUAAAUAUUUGAACAUGAUUAGUAAUUUUUCAAUAACAUUGUGCCACUCAGAAGAUAAUUUGAUAAAAUUCCAGACUUCCAGGACAAAUUUUUAAAAGUUCCCAACUCUUUUUUUAAAAAAACCCAAAAUGUAAUUUUAUAGUUGCAUUUUCUUUGUCUUGAGGUAUGUAUCCAAAAAUAUUUGGAAAAUAGAGUUAAAAUACAGAUUUGGGAAUGUUAUUUCACUAGACAUACAGAAUUUUCAAAACUAAAUUUAAAUAGCAAUUAUUGAGGGGAGAGAAAGGGGAAAAAGGGCAAUAAUUGAAAACGUACUUUUACUCCCAGAGUGAAAGCUGGUAUUUUAAGUGUCCUGCAUCUGGUUUCAUUUUGAUUACUGAUUUGUUUGUUUAUGUUUGUUUAUUAAUCUAAAUAUUAAAAUGCAGACAUUGCAAC